ACCAAAACCAACAAAUUUCAAGCGGGACUCCGAACUUUGCUUCGUCAAACACUAGUCUCGACACCCAGAUACAGCCGUCAAGAUGGUCAACAUUCCCAAGACGAGAAACACCUACUGCAAGGGCAAGGAGUGCCGCAAGCACACCCAGCACAAGGUCACCCAGUACAAGGCUGGCAAGGCCUCUUUGUUCGCCCAGGGAAAGCGCCGUUACGACCGUAAGCAGUCCGGUUACGGUGGUCAGACUAAGCCUGUCUUCCACAAGAAGGCCAAGACCACCAAGAAGGUUGUCCUGAGACUGGAGUGCGUCAAGUGCAAGACCAAGUCUCAGCUUGCUCUCAAGCGCUGCAAGCACUUCGAGUUGGGUGGUGACAAGAAGACGAAGGGUGCUGCUUUGGUUUUCUAAGUGCAACGUGUGUUGGUUGGGUCAUUUCUCAAUUAUUCGUUCUUUUCGGCGGCAUAUGGGCUUCACGGACAACGGCGAAGGGAGAUGCAUGUCCUCGUUUGAGGGAAAGAUUCAUAGGGAAAUGAAUGAAAAAAAAACAAAAUUUCAAUGAUACACAUUACCUUACGAAAACCGCCA